CGCCUCGCCUCGCAGGCCAGCGUUCCCAACCCUAAGCCAAUGCACAUUUAUAGAACAAUUCCAUGUGAUCCUGAGGAAGGCGGACUGCAGGCGGAGGGCAGUGCUGAAAAGUUGUAAUCUCAGAAGAGAGGACUCUUCCCUCUUGCUGCUCUUCAUGCUAAGAGGACACUGGGGGCCUCUGACAAAAUUCUGAGGGACCCUGGGCAUCCUGGCUCACCAUGGGCAACGAGAGCAGCACCUUGGACCACCAGCAGGAGGAUGCUAGCUUGCAUAACGUCAUCCUGUGGCCUCCAAACCCCGAGCCUCUGCAGCGGACUUCAUCAGCUCAGAGUCCAAGAUCUGCGCAAUCACCUGGGGACAAGAAGGGGGGAGAUUCUCCCAGAAGCCCUGAUGGUGUGGACUUGUCCAGUGUUGGGCUUGGAAGCUCCUGUUCCACUUCUGAGACUGCUGCCAGCCCAGACCCGUGCAUCGUGUCCUCAGAGGUGACAGAGCCAAGGAAACACCCGCAGGAAGCCAGCGGUCCAGAAGGAUCUCCACUGUCUAGCCUAACACCGCCCCAGGAGCAGCAGUGUCCCUUGACCUCCAUGCCCUUCACUGAGUGCCCUCCGGAAGGUUGCUUAGAAGGCCCAGCAGCAGCACCUGAAGAUGCUGUCACCCAGCACACAAGGAGGGAGCCUUCUCCAAGUGACCCAGGGGACUCCAUGGCAUUUACCUCUGAAGGGGACAGUAUGGCUGCCAUAGUCUCAAGUGCUGGGGGAGACAAAGAGAUGAAGACAGAGGAACAAACUUUUACCUCCGACAGUACCACUGACCACUUGCCAGGAAUUUCACCAGUACCUCCAGCAGAGCCAAGGAAGGAGCUUCUAUGUGCAGAGGGCUGCUUAGAGUCUCAGGGGAAAGAAGGUGUAAGUGACUGUUCCCCUGCAGAAUCCAGGCUCAGUGUGGCUUCUUCCCAUCCAGGCAAGGAGAGCUCAGCUGGCCAAGUGGAAUAUCCUCUAGAACCUGAGACCAUGGUCCCACAAGAUUCAACUCCAAGAACAGUGGACAGAGAAAGAGGCCAAGUACAGGUGUCACCUCAGCAUUUAGCCAAUGACUUGGAAUUCCUUAGUUCCUGCCAUUCCCCUGGGAGCAAUUCAGGGGCUACCCAUGAAGCUGAAGCUACUGCUUCCCAGGAAAGUUGCCAGCAGCAAAUGAAGGCACAUCUGCUCCACACAGAACUGUCCUUGGAUCCACUGAGUUCUGCAUUAGUGCGAGGGAAGGAAACUCUGGAUGCUGGUGAUGCUCACAGCCACUUGCAGAUAGGGACGAAAGGUGUAGAGUCCCAUCAAGUUAUUGAUGUAGCAACAGACAUCCAGGAAGAUGGGAGUUCACUUGGGAGCCCCAAGCCCAUUCCACUUACCCCAACUGAAGAAACACACCCAGCUUCAAGCUCCACAUCAUCCCCACCCACUGGGAUUCUUGCUGCCACAGAAGGAAACAGUUUGUUGGCCAGGGACAUGGCUUCCAAAACUGAAAUGCCCGUUUCUGUAGGUUUGGUCAAAGAGCUGGUGGAUGAAAAGUUGGCAAGACUGGAAAACUGGUCAUCAGAUCUUGGAAAAGAGCAAGAGCAUUCAGAAGCAAGUCCUGGAGAGGUUUCUGCCUCAUUGCCCCAGGAGGGAGCAGAGCUCUGGAACUGGGAGCAAAGCCAUGCAAUGCCCCGAGAGGUAAUAUUGUCCCCUCCUCCUCCUCCUGCAGAGGCUUCAAGGAAAAGUAUGGAGAGCUCAAUAGGGUCAGAGGAGGGAACCAAGGGCCCUGAGGAUGCUGGAAAUCCAGUUGUAGCUAAAGAGAAAGGCCAUGGAGACAACUCUGCAGGACUAGAAGGACAGCCUGGAAACCAGAGGGGAGAAGAGUCUCAAACUUUCCAGUGCAAGCCUUAUGGGAAGGUGGUCAAAGAUGGGGUCUUAAAGCCAAGCGAUGAUUCAGAGAACACAAUGUUUUCCAACUCAGAUUCAGCACAACCACCCAGAGAGGGAGACACAGGACACACGGACUCUGGGUCAACGGAGACAGCAUGGCAAGUGGCAGCUGAAAUCCAUGUGGCUGGUGCAGAUAUCUCGGCUCACAAACCCCACAAGGAGGAUCCUGUCCUGACCGCAGUACCAGGGGAUACUGGCAAGUAUGUUGCUGUUCCGGAAAAGCCAGGAUUACUGACCAAAUGUCUGGACAUGCUUCAAGAUAGGGAAGGACUGGGAAAAACAGAGCAUCCUUCUGCUUUACAAUCUGAAAAAUCAGAUUUCCUGUCAAAUUUUGCCAGAGAGGUUGUAACUAAAGCUCAGGAGGUGGAGCACACUUUGGAAAAAAGGAUGACAGUCUGCCCAUGCCCACAGAAGCCCUGCAGCUGCAACACUGAGGGCUUGUUGACAUCCCCAGGUCAACCUUGUGGGCCAGGGCAAGAUGCAGCUGGACAGGAAGUUCCUGCUGGUAUGCCACCUCCCCCCGACGGGGAGACUGCAGCAACAGACUGCAUGUUCACUACUCUCAGCCUGACUCAAGACUGUCAGGGAAACUCAUCCUGCCCAGGGGACAGCCAAACAAAAGGAGCUGCAUCAGAGUGUCCCCCACUGCCUUCUGAAAACCAUCUCCAGCCAUCCCAAUUAGACUCAGAAGCAUCCGUAUUCGAUAUUCUCAGGGAGAAGACCCAGCCACUAACAAAUGGGGAAGAGGCUGACUCAGGUGAUUCAGAGUUUCAGAACCAGGGUGCAGAGUCUUCCCAAAUCCACAUACCUGUGGAGCCUCAGCCGGAUGUGCCCCUACCCACUCCCAGAGGAUGGGAACAAGUUACUGGGUCAGAACUUCAAAGCCAGCUCCCCAAAGGCAUUCAGUCUGCUGCUCCAAGUUCAUCUCCCAAGGACACAGUUCUGGAGAGUUCUCCACUAGUGGAGUCAGAAUUGUCAACCCCAAUAGGACAGACGUUGCCUGCACUAGGGAAGUCUGAGCAAGAGGCCAUAGGCUGUGGUGGCCAGCAGCCUCCUCCUGCAGAUGCCUUAAAAGACUCUUCUCUUGCAGGGGACUUGGGAGGAAAGGAAAGUUGCUGUGCUGGGCAGGGACCAAACAAGUCCCAACAAGAGCUGGUUGGUGUUUUGAAAGCAGGCAGCCAGCAUGAAGAAGCAUGUUGCAAGGAUGCAGGACUUUCUGAAGCAGCUGACGCCUGGGCCCUGCCGCAGGGUUUGGGUAAGACAGAGACGGCAAGUAGAGACACAGUGGAGGCCCCGCCUUGUCCACCUGACUCAGUAGAUCUCCUGGAUGCAGCUCAUUGCCUGCUGGUCACAAUACCUGCCAGUGCCAGAGUCACACCCACCCAGGAUGCCCCAGAGAAUCAGGCAUACAAUAAAAGCCAGGAAGACAGGCAGGAACCAGCGCCGGCCCCACAGCAGGGAACGGAGUGCCCAGCCAUUAUGGAUACAGAGGCCCAAAAACUUCUUGGAAGUUUCCCAUCACCUGAGAAGCAAAGUGAAGAUACAGUUGCUGAGAGUGGUGCAAAUGCCAGUGAAAGAGACCCCAGGAUGCCACAGGUUCCCCAAGAACCAGAAGUCACUCAGAGCGGGGGCUUGUCUCUGACCGAGUGCUGCUUUACAUCUGAGAAUGAAGACUCUACCUUGGCCCUGGGUGAGCCUUGCCAUGUUGAGCAGCUUGUGGCCAGCGGCCAGAGUGCCUUGCUCUCAGUCAGAGAACUGGGUGGUGUACUGAGGAACACUGCGGGUAUUUCUGCCUGCCAGACUGUCCCUAACCCAAAGAGGUGUCUGCUAUCUGGGUCACAUGAAGAGGCUGAUCCUGACACCCCUUACCUGCAUAUUGAUGGUGCUGCCAGGCAAGGAGCAAAAGACAGUAUAGUGAAAGCUAUUUCCUCUGAGGGCCUUCAGCCUCCUAGUGAAAGCCCCCACCGCAAAGAAGAGCCUCUACUUGCCCUUGGAAAUGCCGCCUCUGUGAAGCUGUCUGCUGGCUCCCUUGCUUCGCCCUUGCAUCCAGGAAUUGCUGGUGGGGAAAUCCCUGCAGUGCAGCCCAGCAAUGAAAGCCCCAAAGCUGGAAUCACUGAGGGACCUGUGGCCUCUGUGCCCUACCUGGACAGGAUGCCUCUCCUGGCCAACGGUAAGCAGAUUACAGGGGAGGAUACACUGGCCACAGAUCCAGACCCAGGCACCAGACCAUGUGAGAUUCCUGCUAGUGAGGAUGGCAUGGUGGCUGAUACAGAAAGAGAGACAGCGGGCAGUGGGGAGAGGAUGGUAGAUCCUUCCCCAGAUCCAAAGAGGGAUGUAUCAUGUACUAUGGAGACAUGCUCCAAGCAGACCAACAUGAUCACUGGGUUCCCUGACUUCAGGGAGCACAUCACCAAGAUCUUCGAGCAGUCUGUGUUUGGAGCACUGGCCACUGAUCAGCCCCAGAGUGCACCUAGUGAAAAGGCAGGAACUGGGAGAAAUGUGGUGGGCAAGCACCCUGCCACACCGCUAAACCCAGAAAAGUAUCUAGAUGGGACUCAAGGAGUGGCCGUUACCCUUCUGCCUGCUCCUCCUGCUGAACUUUUGGCAGAGAAGAAACAAGAAUGGGCUGUUGAAGCUGAGAUUUCCCAUUUGGUUUCCCAGGAUCCAGCUCCAGACAAGCUUCUGGCUCUGGCAGGACCAGCCUUGGAGCAGAAUCUGCCAGGUGCCAAUGCUGAGCAAGAGACCACUGCUAUCCCACUGAUAGGGCGAAGUGAGAGGCCAGAGGGGGAUAAGGAGGUCUGUGCAGGCCUGGGAUCCCAGGCUCACUCACAGCUUGAGACGAGUGAGCAGGAAUUAGCUGUAGGACUUCCCUCACCUGUGCUGGCCAAUCAGGGGAUGCCUACAGAAGGGACCACUGACUCCAAGGUAAGUCCUCAGAGCAGCGGAGAAGAGGCCUUGGGCUUGGCUCAACAUGACAGAAUUCCUUCUGGAGAACAGCACCAGGGAACACCAACCUGUGACAGCCGACACAGAAAAGAUGGUCCCCUUGACUUCGCUCCCACAGGGGGAUCAGAUGAUGAGCUAGGAUCAACCCACAUCCUUGAAACCUCUUUUCCUAGUGGGGAUGUGCUGAUUGUGCCUGAAGCUAACAGUGAGCCUGGGACCCCUCAAAACCUUGGGGCUGGGAAAAAGCCUGAGGUUGCUGCCACCAUCUUGGAAAUGCAAAAUGCCCUGGACUACAAGAGCACCCCUAAGCCGCAGGCUGGAGAAAUGUCAGACACUCUGCUAGAGCCCAGCAAAGUGACAGGAGCUGCUGGGGAAGCCCAGGGCGACAUCACAUCACACUCAGCUGAGACAUGGGCAAGUGCAUCUGGUGACUUGACUGAAACAGGUACUACAAGGAUGUUCUCUGGUAUGCCUUGUGACUCAGCGUUGCCAGGGAGCUGUCAAUACUCUGACAGGGAUCAGGUGAUGGAGGACACACAGUUGGACAGCACAGUUGGACACCAGGAGGCCACGGAGCAGCCAGGGCCUGAACUCCCUGCUCCUGCUGGGCACAUGAAGGUGUGUGACUCUUCAGUGGCUGAAAAAACCAGAGACCCAAAGCUGCAGGACGCGGCUCCAGAAGAGCUCCACGCUGGCAGGAGGAGCCCUGGGCCUGUCUCAGCCACCUUGCCUUUGGUCCCUGAGGAUGCUCGAAGAGUCCCUUCCGAUGAGGCCAAAAAUGCAAGAAGGCUAGAAAGCUCACCUGUAACAGAUGAUGUCAUCCAGCCAUCUGCCCCCACAGACCUGGAAAACCCACCCAUAGCUACCUCCUCCCACCACCGUGUUGCUGCUGGUGUCUCUACGGAUCUGACAGCUCAGAGGAGUUCGGACUCUGAAGAAGCAUUUGAGACCCCAGAGUCAACAACCCCUGUUAAAGCUCCUCCGGCCCCACCCCCACCACCCCCUGAAGUUAUCCCAGAACCUGAAAUCAGUGCACCACCAGCCCCGGAAGAACCAGGAUGCUGUUCUGAGACAGUCACCAUCCCCGAUGGCCCGUGUAGUAACUCAGUGGAAGGAAGUCCUUUCCGACCCCCACACUCCUCCUCUGCCGUCUUCGAUGAAGACAAGCCGAUAGCCAGCAGUGGGACUUACAAUUUGGACUUUGACAACAUCGAGCUGGUGGAUAACUUGCAGAGCUUGGAGCCUCGCUCCUCAGACUGUAGGAGCCAGGACUGCAAGGGGAGCACACGCAGGAAGUCUACGGAGUCUGUGCUCCCCUCCAAGUCCACGCUGUCCCGCUCGCUCAGCCUUCAAGCCAGUGACUUUGACGGUGCUUCCUGCCCAGGCAGUCCCGAGGCUGUGGCUGUCACCACAGAUGCCUGCAGCACAGGGUCCAACAGUGCUUCUAGUACUCUCAAGCGAACUAAAAAACCGAGGCCACCUUCCUUAAAAAAGAAACAGACGUCCAAGAAGCCCACAGAAACCCCCUCAGUGAAAGAGACCCAGCAAGAGCCAGUCGAAGAGAGUCCCGUCCCCUGCGAGGAGCAUCUGACAUCUGAGACAAAGACGGAGUUGGCCACGGCCGAGGGCCCCGGGUCCGUCCUCCUGGAGGAGACGCCCCUGGAGCCUGCCACUGUGCCCCCAGCUGCCUCUCCUCCAGACUCAGACUGCACAGAGGGUGCUUGUCCCCCAGCUUCUGGAGGUGGCAGGGUGCAGAACUCACCUCCCAUUGGGAGGAAAACACUGCCUCUUACCACGGCCCCUGAGGCACUGGAGGUGACCCCAUCAGAUAGCAGGGGCCAAGAGGACUCCCCGGCCAAAGGGCUCUCAGUGAGGCUGGAGUUUGACUAUUCUGAGGACCAGGGUAGUUGGGACAACCAGCAGGAGAAUCCCCCACCUACCAAAAAGAUAGGCAAAAAGCAGGUUGCCAAAAUGCCCCUGAGGAGGCCAAAGAUGAAAAAGACACCUGAGAAACUUGACAACACUCCUGCCUCACCUACCAGAUCCCCUGCCGAACCCAAUGACAUCCCUGUCGCUAAAGGUACCUACACCUUUGAUAUUGACAAGUGGGAUGACCCCAAUUUUAACCCCUUUUCUUCCACUUCAAAAAUGCAGGAAUCUCCCAAAUUGCCCCAGCAGUCAUAUAACUUUGACCCAGACACCUGUGAUGAAUCCCUUGACCCCUUUAAGACAUCCUCUAAGACCCCUAGCUCACCUACUAAGUCCCCAGCCUCGUUUGAGAUCCCAGCCAGUAUUGAAGCCAAUGGAGUGGACGGGGAUGGGCCCAACAAGCCCGCCAAGAAGAAGAAGACUCCCCUAAAGACGAUGGUUGAAGAUGUGAUGUCUGUGUGUUCUCUGUUUGACACAUUUAGGGUGAAAAAGUCGCCAAAACGGUCUCCUCUCUCUGAUCCACCUUCUCAGGACCCCACUCCAGCUGCAACACCAGAGACACCACCAGUCAUCUCUGCAGUGGUGCAUGCAACAGAUGAGGAAAAGCUGGCGGUCACCAGUCAGAAGUGGACAUGCAUGACAGUGGACUUGGAGGCUGACAAACAGGACUUCCCACAGCCCUCAGACUUGUCCACCUUUGUAAAUGAGACCAAAUUCAGUUCACCCUCGGAGGGUAAGCAAUCUGGUGGCCAGCUGCACGCCCACCCUGUCUUGGAGAAUACCGCCCCUAGGGAGCAAAAGGCCAGGAAAGACACUUCUCAGCCAGAGUUGGACUACAGAAACUCCUAUGAAAUUGAAUAUAUGGAAAAAAUUGGCUCCUCCUUACCUCAGGACGAUGACACCCCGAAGAAACAGGCCUUGUACCUUAUGUUUGACGCGUCUCAGGAGAGCCCCAUCAAGUCUCCUCCAGUCCGGAUGUCAGACUCCCCGACGCCAUGUUCAGGGUCUAGUUUUGAGGAGAGUGAAGCCCUUGUGAAUGCUGCAGCAAAAGUCCAGCAUCCUGUCACACGAGGACUGGCCACCAGCCAAGAGCCACACUUGCAAGUGCCAGAGAAAUCCUCCCAGAAAGACCUGGAGGCCAUGGCCUUGGGGACCCCUUCAGAGGCCGUUGAAAUUACAGCUCCCGAGGGUGCCUUUGCCUCUGCUGAUGCCCUCCUCAGCAGGCUAGCCCAUCCAGCCUCUUUCUGUGGUGCGCUUGACUAUCUGGAACCCGACUUAGCAGAAAAGAACCCCCCAGUAUUUGCUCAGAAACUUCAGGAGGAGUUAGAGUUUGCCAUCAUGCGAAUAGAAGCCCUGAAGCUGGCCAGGCAGAUUGCCCUGGCUUCCCGUAACCGCAAGGACACCAAGAGAGAGGCAGCUCACCCACCAGAUGUCUCCAUCUCCAAAACAGCCCUGUAUUCCCGCAUCGGGACCACUGAGGUGGAGAAGCCUGCAGGCCUUCUGUUCCAGCAGCCAGAUCUGGACUCGGCACUCCAGGUUGCCAGAGCUGAGGUCAUCACUAAGGAGAGAGAGGUCUCAGAGUGGAAAGAUAAAUAUGAAGAAAGCAGGCGGGAAGUGAUGGAGAUGAGGAAGAUUGUGGCUGAAUAUGAGAAGACAAUUGCACAGAUGAUAGAGGAUGAACAAAGAGAGAAGUCAGUAUCCCACCAGACAGUGCAGCAGCUGGUCCUGGAGAAGGAGCAAGCCCUGGCCGACCUGAACUCCGUGGAGAAGUCCCUGGCUGACCUUUUCAGGAGAUACGAGAAAAUGAAGGAAGUCUUAGAAGGUUUCCGCAAGAAUGAAGAGGUGUUGAAGAAAUGUGCCCAGGAAUACCUGUCCCGAGUGAAGAAAGAGGAGCAGAGGUACCAGGCCCUGAAGGUGCAUGCGGAGGAGAAACUGGACAGGGCCAACGCUGAGAUUGCCCAGGUUCGAGGCAAGGCCCAGCAAGAGCAAGCUGCCUACCAGGCCAGCCUGCGGAAGGAGCAGCUGCGAGUGGAUGCUCUGGAAAGGACACUGGAGCAGAAGAACAAAGAGAUAGAAGAGCUCACCAAGAUUUGUGAUGAACUGAUUGCCAAAAUGGGGAAAAGCUAACUCUGAACCAAAUGCCUGGACUUGACUGUUGCGUGCAAUAUGACCAUUGGCACACUGCUGUCCUUGAAGUUACAGGGACAGGUUCUGUUUUCACUUUUCGUAUGCACUACUGUAUUUCCUUUCUAAAUAAUGUUUGAUUUGAUUGUAUGCAUUACUAAGGAGACUAUCAGGAUUUCUUGCUAUUGGUUUGCAUUUUCCCAGUAUAAUUCAUAGCAAGUUGACCUCAGAGUUCCUGUAUCAGGGAGAUUGUCUGAUUCUCUAAUAAAAGACAAAUUGCUGACCUUGGCCUUGCCCUUUGUACACGAAUUCCCAGGGUGAGCAGCUUUUGAUUUAAUAUGAACCUGUACAGCGUGCAUAGGGACUCUUGCCUUAAGGAGUGUAAACUUGAUCCGCAUUUGCUGAUUUGUUUUAAAGAAUGCAUGUUUCAAAUAAAAUCUUCUAUUGUAAAUAAAUUUUUUUUCUUUGGAUCUUGGCAAA